AAACAAAACAUCACAUGCGCUUUAAAAAAAACAACAACAAAAAAAAAAAAACACGGAAUUAUAACAGCGAAUUGCGGGGUCAGAGGGAAAUCCACCCAAAAAAGAGGAGCAUUUGUGAUAAUUCACAAAUGGCAGACUUCGUGCAGAAAGCUUCAUUCAGUCGUCGAGAGCCCCGCUUGUCCAGCGUUCAUUGCAUGGUGACAAGUUUGAUUGUCAUCUUGAAAUUGUUAGAGGCGCUGGUGGGAUAUCUGUGGGAUUCCCGGUUAAAGAUUAACCAGUAACGGGGAGAACGUGCAAACUGUGCACUAGGGACGUCGCAAGAACCAACAUUUUAGUACAAAGUCAAUACCAAAAAUGUAAGGGCUAGUAGCUUUUUUUUUUUUACAGUACUGCACUGAUGAGAAACUGCCAGUAGACGUUUUACUUAAGAAGGCACAACACUAUGUGAUAAAAGCGAGAGUCUAAAGUACACAUGAAAAUGGCUCACAGCACUGCAUUCCACAUCUCAAAAAAGAAAAACGGGAGGAGUCGUGUCUGGAAAUGCUUUGUGUUCGAGUAUUCCUUUCACUUUUAUUUUGUCAGAUAACAAGGUGCCUCCUUCCCAGUUCAUAUGGUCCUCCAGAAAGCUGUCGAUUGGCCCCCAGGUCAGGGCUGUCCACGUCGGAAGGGAAUCUGAGAAGAGGGAGAGAGAAGAGUUUGCACAAAGAGUAUGGCCUUGGGCGGGGAGGACGCCCUGGACGAAAGACGGGUGCCCAGUAAACAAGAGGAUCGUGAGCGGGGCGCCCCCGAGGAUUUGUGCGUCAAGUCGGAGGACUGUGAGGGAGGGCGUCCAGCUUUUAAAGAAGAGGAGGAGGAGGAGGGCGUGGAGGAGAUUGUUGAAGUUAAAGUGGAGGAUCUGGAAUAUUUCUCAGUUAGCCUUGAACUGCAGAACCUUGAAACUGAGAAUACUCUCAAACAAGAAGAACCUCAUUCCAGUGUACGGCAGUCGGUCGCCUGUACGGGACAACCGGCUACCCAGCAGAAUUCACUGAUGGAACAGAUAUCUGAAUCAUCCAAGUUUGAAGAGAACAUCGAUGAAGCAUACGGGAGAAAAGCAGAAGAGCAGCAGACGCCAAGGAGUGGGGGAAUGAGUUUCUUGGAGAGUUGCACCUUCUCUGUGUCUUCAUUUGCUCAGAGUUCUCUUCAGUACAGACUGCAGCAGAAACAGGACAAGGACGCAAUGGAGAAGUCACCAAGGAGAUCCAGGCAUUUGACAGCAACCUCUUUGAAGUGCAGUUCACUUAAUGUUGUGAAACCAACACAGACAGAAGCCAUCGACACUGAUCAACAUCAAGUGCAUAAUUCAGAUCAAGAAGCUUUAUAUGCUAGCCAAGAUUGGGGAAAGGCCUUUAAAAGCAAAUCUGACAGUAAAGGUAAGUCAGUGCAUUCAACUCAGAAGCCGUUUGCGUGUCCUGAAUGUGGCAAACUGUUUCUAUACAAAAGCAGUCUACAUAGACAUAAACGAAUUCACACUGGAGAAAAACCCCACUGCUGUCAAGAGUGUGGAAAACGAUUCCCCGAUAAUAGUGCUCUUCAGCGGCACACACGCGUUCAUACGGGAGAGAAACCAUACAGUUGUGCCCAGUGUGGUAAAGGAUUUUCUCAUAAAUGCAAUCUUGAAAAACAUCAAAAAAAUCACAGUGGAGAAAAACCUUAUUGCUGUUCUGAAUGUGGUAAAGGAUUCUCAACUUUAGGUAAUUUUCAUAACCACGCGAGAAUUCACAGUGGAGAGAAGCCUUAUUGGUGUAGUGAAUGUGGCAAACGGUUCCUGCGGGGAAGCGACCUGUGGCAGCAUUUUAGAAAUCACACUGGAGAUAAGCCUCACUGUUGUUUAGAAUGUGGCAAAAGAUUUUCUUACAGUAGCUCACUUCAGAGGCACAGACAAAUUCACACUGGAGAAAAGCCAUAUCGGUGUUCUGAAUGUGGAAAACAGUUUACUGAUCAUAGCCAUCUUUAUCAGCACACAAGAAUUCAUACAGGAGAGAAGCCAUAUAGCUGUUCUGAAUGUGGCAAACGAUUCUCUGACCAUAGCUCUCUUCGGUAUCACACUCGGAUUCAUACUGGUGAGAAGCCAUAUUGCUGUUCUGAAUGUGGUAAACGGUUUUCACACAGAAAAGGACUUAACUACCAUUCGGACAUUCACUCCAGAGAGAAAAGAAUCAGUUUGGAGAUGGCUGUGGGAAAAACAAGUGAAACUGUCCAGGAACGCUGAGGUGAGCAGGUCUCAAUAACAACAACUUCCAAGAUUUCUUGUCUUCUCACCAAUCACCAUCACUUUGUACAAACUGCAAAAAAAAAAAAAAAAGGAAUUGUUAGAAAUCAUUGAAUGUUCUGUAGCCAUCCCUUGCAACAAGUUUACAGGAAUAACAGGGCAGUGUGAUAGAGAUGUCCUGACUCGUUGGUGUUAUGAAGUGGGGUAAAGAUUCUUACAAAAAGGUGAUCUUCACCGACAUUUAAGAAUUCAUACUGGACAGAAACCUGGUGUUUACCAGCUCAAUGGUUUUUCUCCAUGUUUAUUUCAAUGAUGGAUAUUGUUACAUCCCAUUAAUGUUUUGAAUUGCCUUGUUUUCCUGUCUGUUUAAACAAAUCUGUGUUGUCAUGUGAAGUCAUUAUGUAAUUAGUAAGGAUUGUGUUUGCAUUUUAACUGUGAGCUUGUCGUAACGCUCUGCACCGGGAGAGUUGAAGGCAAAAAUGAACUGAAAACCUAAUGAGGUAACGACUCUCAGACAGCAGUGGCCAUUGUAGACAUGAAAGAAUUCAUACUGGUGAGAGACCUCGUCGUUGUUCAAAGCGUUUUACAAACGACAAACGUCCGUAUUUUGUUUUCUUAUUGUGUCUUUUAUUUUUCUAUUCUUUAUUAUGUAAAGCACUUUGAGCUACUGUUUGUAUGAAAAUGUGCUAUAGAAAUAAAUGUUGUUGUUGUUGUUCACCACGUGAGAAUUCAAACUGGAGAGUUAUGAAUGAAUGAAACUAACAGAGGCUGCAAGCAGACCUUUGCCCAAUGUGGAGUAAAACCACCACAAUUCUACCAGUGGUGUUGUGAACCAGAAGGACUUGUAUGGGGGGGAAAAAAAAAAAAAUCCAACUAAGAUGCCACGCCCUAUGAAUUACAAAAGGUGACAUAAUGGAAAUAAAGAAGGAAUUGGGCCAAUCCCUCAAGCUGAAUUUGAGAGAAUAGCAAUACUGUACAUUAUAAAAACUAACCUGUGCCAUGUAACUAAGCCAGGGGUGGGCAAAGCCAGUCCU